UUUUAUAAACUUUCCCCUCGAUAAAUGACAAUCCCUCAUUUCUUCUGAUUCCCGAUUAACCCGAAAGAUGAAUCACAGCCGUCGACCGGGCGUUUGAACGGUCAGAUGUCCAUUUUGAAUGAGAUCGUAUCCGUCGCCGUGGGUUUCUACAAACGUAUUCAAGCUCUGAUGUCGACUAGUGACCAAUCACCACCAGUUGCCACUGAAACGCCGUUGCUCGAUCAAGAACAGCCUCCGCCCGACGAAGAAGACGACGACCUCGGCCAAACGCUGCAAAGGCUAGAGAUGUUUCUGACGCUCCUCGGGUUUAACCAGUCGUCAACGCGAAGCCUCGUCUUGUCAUGGAUCGUGUUUUUGACGAUCGGUUUGGUGCUUCCGGUGACGGUGUUGGAGCUAGGACAUUGCAAAGGGUGUGAGACGUAUCAGAACAAGAGCUUCGAGCUCAACAUCGUGGUCUCGCAGGCGUGUCUGGCUGGUGUCUCUCUGCUCUGCGUUUCGCAUAACUUGAGGAAGUAUGGGAUUAGAGAAUUUUUAUUUGUUGAUCAACUCAGUGGUCGUAUGGGACGGCUCAAGGAUCAGUAUAUGCAGCAAAUCUCGUGUGCUUUUCUAGGUGGAGGUUUUGGACGGAACACCGUCUUUGAAUGUCUGAAACCGCAACAUAACUCUGUGAAACUGCUUGGACUAUGGUCGCUCAUAUGUUUUGGACUAAAAGCUGUUCGGGAGAUUAUUCGAAUGCUAUAUGUGCCUCAUGACCAGCCGUGGCUAUCUGUUUUUAUCCUCGUAUCAAUGAUCUUGUCAUGGACUUACUUAAGCACUAUCUUUCUAGCUGCGAGCUCCAUGUUUCAUUUGGUCUGCAACUUGCAAGUCAUUCACUUUGAAGAUUACGCAAAGCUCUUAGAUGAGGAGUCCGAAAUCUCCUUUUUCAUCGGUGAGCACACUAAUUUGCGCCGUUACCUAUCCAAAAUAAGCCAUAGGUUCCGCAUCUUUCUGGUUCUGCAGUUUCUGGUCGUCACGGCUAGCCAGUUCACUACACUUUUCCAGACCACUGCGUACAGUGGGCGUAUCACUUAUAUAAACGGUGGUGAUUUUGCUGUCUCGGCUGUGGUCCAAGUUGUUGGAAUAAUUUUAUGUUUACACGCAGCAACGAAGAUAUCUCACAGAGCACAAGCAAUAGCAUCAGUUGCAAGUAAAUGGCAUGCGAUAAUGUCUUGUUCAUCUACAGAUUCAACUCAAAUCAGGGCUUCUCCUAGUGGUGUUCACUUGGAAGCCACCACGAAUCCACCCAUCUCCUUUCGGAUUUCACCUUCAGAAAGCGAUGUGGAAUCAAUGGAUCACUACAUGAGGAUGCCUGCUAAUAACAGCCACUUUUCUUCAUACAUGUCCAUGUCCUCAUAUCACAGAAGACAAGCUUUCGUGUUGUAUUUGCAGAUGAAUCCAGGUGGGAUAACGAUAUUCGGGUGGACAGUAGACAGGCAUUUGAUAAACACAAUAUUCUUCAUUGAGCUCUCUCUUGUUACCUUUGUACUUGGGAGGACUGUAGUCUUCACUUCUGAAUGACCACACAACAAAAUAAAGGUUUGGUGUAUCAUACACUUUUUUAACCCUUUUGCCAAUUAUGUAAAAUUUUCAAUUUUUUUUUUUUGCAAUUGAGAGAAGAAGAAACUUGUCAUGAGCUCUUAAUUUGCUUACCUGUACAGUGUAUUAUAAGCUUUUAUUGAUGAGGCUUUGAUUGA